CCCGUGAUGUCCCCCGGGCAGCCGGGGAAGGCGACUCACUCGAGCGCUGCGGCAGAGGCCUAGUGCGGCCAGCGCCGCUCGCGUCCCAUGGCCGAGGAGCAGCAGCCGGAGGGGGGGCAGCCGCCGCGGCGGCUCGCCGGCACCCCCGCGCCCGGCGGGGCCCUGCCGGCCCUGGUGCCGGGGCUGCAGGGCGGCGAGGCCAGCGCGCUGCAGCACAAGAUCCGCAGCUCCAUCUGCAAAACUGUACAAUCUAAAGUGGACUGCAUUUUGCAAGAAGUUGAGAAGUUUACAGACCUAGAGAAACUCUACCUCUACCUUCAGCUGCCUUCGGGUCCCAACAAUGGAGACAAAAGCGAUCAGAUCUCCAUGUCAUCCAGCCGUGCCCAGCAGAUGCACGCCUUCUCGUGGAUACGCAACACCCUGGAAGAGCACCCCGAGACAUCCCUUCCCAAGCAGGAGGUCUAUGAUGAGUACAAGAGCUAUUGUGACAAUCUUGGCUACCACCCAUUAAGUGCUGCUGACUUUGGAAAGAUCAUGAAAAAUGUCUUUCCAAAUAUGAAGGCCCGUCGUCUAGGCACAAGAGGCAAAUCAAAAUAUUGCUACAGUGGACUGAGGAAGAAGGCUUUUGUGCACAUGCCAACACUGCCCAACCUUGACUUUCAUAAAACUGGAGAUGGGUUGGAUGGAGCAGAGCCAUCGGGGCAGCUGCAAAGUGCGGAUGAGGAAGUCGUCUCUGCAGCCUGCCGCCUUGUUUGUGAAUGGGCCCAGAAAGUGCUGAGCCAGCCUUUCGAUACAGUCUUGGAAUUGGCUCGUUUCCUUGUCAAAAGUCACUAUAUUGGUACCAAGUCAAUGGCAGCUUUAACAGUAAUGGCAGGGGCACCAGCAGGAAUAAAAGGGAUCCCCCAGCCCUCAGCUUUUAUACCUACUGCUGAAAGUAAUUCUUUUCAACCACAAGUGAAAACUCUGCCAUCUCCUGUUGAUGCUAAGCAGCAGCUGCAGCGUAAGAUCCAGAAGAAGCAGCAAGAACAGAAACUGCAGUCUCCUUUGCCAGGAGAGUCUCCAGUAAAGAAAACAGAAGGCGCUGCAACCAACGGUGUGACCAGUAUAUCUAAUGGAAGUCCUGCCAUUCUGUCCCCUCCACCUAUUGGCAUUGUUGUGGCUGCUGUCCCCAGCCCCAUACCGGUGCCAAGAACCAGGCAGUUGGUGACAUCUCCAAGUCCUAUGGGAUCGUCUGAUAGCAAGGUCCUGCCGCUCAAUGUUCAGGUGGUCACUCAGCACAUGCAAUCAGUCAAGCAGCCACCAAAGACUCCCCAGAACGUUCCCGCUAGCCCUGUGGGGGACCGCUCUGCCCGGCAUCGCUACCAGCAGAUUUUACCCAAGCCAGCAAGCACCAGUGCUCUCACCAUCCGCUCUCCCACGACGGUGCUAUUUACCAGUAGCCCAAUCAAGACUGUUGUGCCAGCUCCACAUGUGAAUUCCUUAAAUGUGGUAAAAAUGACAGCAAUAUCUCUUGCCCCGAGCAGCAGUAGUGUGCCCGUCAAACAGACACCUUCAGUUAGCACUAGUGCAGGAGCAGUGGAAGAAGGGAGGACUGGUCCACAGAUCAAAAAUGGAUCUGUUGUUUCACUUCAGUCUCCAGGAUCCAAACCUAGCACUGCUGUAGCUACGCCUGCAGUUAAGAUCAAAACGGAACCAGAAGCACUGCUGGAUGAGAACUCUGCACAGGGUCAAGAGAGCUCUGACGUGUCUAAAUCCAUAAAGGCAACCCCUGACCUGCCUCCUGCACAGCUAAUUAAUUUUGAGGUUGCAGCCUUGAAGGUUUCAAUGGAUGAUGUCAUGGAGCUAAAGCCAGGUAAGGGCUGUGAUCAGGAAGCUGAAGAAGCAGGGACCAAAUAUAAGACACAGUCUGAUGAAAUCACACCAGUUUCUUCAGCAGGCAAUAAUCAAAGCACUCUUAAGCUUACAGUUGCCAGUCAAAACUUGUCCAGCACCAGCAUCAAUUCACCUCCUACUGGUGAGUCUAUGAUUAAAGACAAAACAUGCACUAAAAGUCCAAGAAAGCGACAACCUUCCACACUUCAGGAUUCCCAGUUACCACCUGUAAAGAAACCACUAGUGGAGCAGUUUGCAACUGGUAAUGCUGUGGAGAGUCAAAAAGCUAACAAUGUUAAGAAGGCUCUGAAGGUUGGAUCAUUAGCUAACAGUGACAAUACAGCAACACUUGCUCAAGUUCCCAUCAAGGUACCCGUGACAGUACCUGUACCUCCUACAGCUGCUGCAAACUUAGCAACAGACCUUUCUUUGAGCACCAAUUUAAAUACCUGUGAUCCUGCUUUAGAACAGCAGCUUGCAUCAGCUUCAUCUCCAGAUAUAAAAGUAAAAUUGGAAGGAAACUUGUUUAUCAUAGAAAAUGAUUCAAAAUCUGAUGGCAGCUUCAACCCAAAUACAUGGCAUCAUAUCACCAAAACCUCUGACUUUGCAUCUGUGAAUUGUGAUCAGCAGCAAGAUAUCAGUGUUAUGACUAUUGCUGGGCACUCUGGCUCUAGUGACUUACAGGAAUCCGCGUGGGAGCCGGUGCACUGCGAAGGUAUACAGCAGGAUGUGUACAGCCAGCAGUUACAGAGCCAGAUCCAGGACUCCUUGGAUCAAAUACAAGCACAGUCUUCAAAUCAGUUACCUCUGCAGUCUGAGCUGAAAGAGUUUGAGCAUACAGUCCCUCAGUCAAAUGAAAACUUCUUUUCAUUUGAUGAUGACCUUACCCAGGACAGCAUUGUGGAGGAGCUGGUGCUCAUGGAGGAGCAAAUGUCCAUGAAUAAUUCCCAUCCUUAUAGUGGUUGUCUAGGAAUGACACUUCAGAGUCAGGCUGCAGCUCAAGGAGCUCCCGUAUCAUCUCAUCCAAGCAGCACGCACUUUUACCAUUCAAUCCAUAACAACAGCACUCCAAUUCACACCCCAACUCCCACUCCCACCCCAACUCCCACUCCCACCCCAACUCCAACACCCACCUCCGAAAUGAUUGCUGGGUCUCAGAACAUGUCUCGAGAGAGCCCUUGUUCAAGGCUGGCUCAGACGACUCCCGUAGACAGUGCCCUAGGAAGCAGCCGGCACACGCCCAUUGGCACACCCCAUUCCAACUGCAGCAGCAGUGUCCCUCCAAGUCCUGUGGAAUGCCGAAACCCAUUUGCAUUUACUCCCAUCAGCUCUAGUAUGGCUUACCACGAUGCCAGCAUCAUAUCAAGUAGCCCUGUGAAGCCAAUGCAGCGGCCUAUGGCUACCCAUCCCGACAAAACCAAGCUCGAGUGGAUGAAUAACGGCUACAGUGGGGUUGGUAAUUCCUCAGUUGCAAACCAUGGCAUCCUUACAAGCUACCAGGAGCUGGUGGAAGAUCGCUUCAGGAAACCUCACGCUUUUGCAGUUCCCGGCCAGUCAUACCAGUCUCAGCCACGCCACCACGACACUCACUUUGGUCGCGUGACUCCUGUUUCACCUGUGCAGCACCAGGCAGCCCCUGUCAGUAGCACUACCAAGCAGGAGGGCUUUGCUGUUCCUGCUCCUUUGGACAACAAAGGAACUGGUUCAUCUCUCAACAACAGUCUGAGAUGCCGGAGUGUGAGCCCUGCUGUCCAUCGCCAGCGUAAUCUCAGUGGGAGCACCGUUUACCCUGUGUCAAAUAUACCACGUUCUAAUCUGACACCUUUUGGAAGUCCAGUGACUCCCGAAGUUCACAACGUAUUUGCUAAUAUCCAUGCAGACACCAGUGCCAAUAACAUAGCACAGAGAAGCCAGUCAGUCCCGUUGACUGUGAUGAUGCAGACGGCCUUCCCGUCUCUUCAGAAACAAACAAACACUAAAAAAAUAACCAAUGUGUUGUUAAACAAACUUGAUUCUGAUAGUGAUGAUGCAGUGAGAGGUUUGGGAAUGAACAACAUGCCCUCAAAUUACACAGCCAGGAUGAAUCUCACUCAGAUUUUGGAGACAUCCACCACUUUUCCUAGUGCCAACCCACAAAGUAUGAUCAAUUCCAGCACUUCAGUUUAUGAAUUCCAAACACCAAAUUACCUCACAAAAAAUAGCAGCACCGAUCAGAUCAGUUUUUCUUCUGGAGAUAACCAAGCACAAUCAGACAUCGGAGAGCAGCAAUUAGAUUUUAGCAGCACUGUAAAAGACCUUUUAGGGGAGGACAGUCUGCCGACAAACCAGCAGCUGGUGAAUCAGGUGGCAUCAGAUCUCAAUAACGUUGCAUCUGUCUUUCCCAGCGACAUCAGGUUGUCUUCCGAGCUCUCAGGCAGCAUUAACGAUCUGAACACUUUAGACACAAAUCUACUGUUUGAUCCAGGUCGUCAGCAGGGACAAGAUGAUGAUGCUACACUGGAGGAAUUAAAAAAUGACCCCUUGUUUCAACAAAUCUGCAAUGAAUCCAUUAACUCAAUGACUGGAUCAGGUUUUGAGUGGAUGGAGAGUAAGGAUCAUCCUGCUGUUGAAAUGUUGGGUUAAUCUUGUUUUAUAAUAUGUAUGUAGCACACUGUAUCUAAAAGACAGACGUAUUGUAUUUGUCUUAAUGGAAGUGCCUCCCGCAGCAGAAACACUUGCUAUGUAUUGUGGCAUUUUUUAAAAAAGUUUGCUGUACCUGUUGCUCAUUCUUCAGUAAGGAAAAGGCAGUCUUACCAAUUUUAAACAAAUCUCUGAAGGUGAUGGGCUAUCAAAGAGCCAGUAUUAAAUUUUGAAUUUUGGAGUGUU